AUGAUCCACGACGAUACGUCUCAGACGCCAACAUGGCCGCCUGUGGGCAUCGAUCAGACUGUGUCGCAGCCCCGAUUAGACCCCAAGAGGCCUGUUUCGCCCCUGCAAUCCUGCUGUCAUCAAUUUAAUCACCACGACCAGAAUCCGAUUUCCGACUGGGGCGUCCAGCAUCUUCAUCCUCAUCUUCAGUAUGCGACAACCCAGCCAACCGCCGCGGAGACCCCAUUCACAUCCGCCUACAAUGUGUCCUUGCAACCGUCGCCAAUGGGACUCAUGCCCGUCACUGGGCACAUGGAUUCGGGCUUGUUGAGCGGUUCAUAUCUUCCGCUCGACAUGGUGCCUUACACUUGGCAAGAGUUCCAACCGGACUUGUCGUUCGCGCCCGUCGAUAGUACUGGGGAGAUGUUUCAGUCGCAUCACCUCCCGGAUACUAGCUCUCCAACCGACACGUAUCUCGAGGUGAGGUCGCUGACCAGCUCCACCAGCGACAACAGUUGGACGCUGAUUGAUAACCGGCGAUCGAUGGACUUCCAUGACCAAAAUGUGUUCAUCAAUCCGACGCACACUCUUCAUAACCGGAGUCUUUCGGAGUCAUCCUACUCCGACCUGGACCAUAACCCGCACAACUCGUUUGGAAGCUUCUUGGAAUUAUCGCAUGCGAUGAACUCGCCAACGUCUUCCGACUCGAACAUUGAAUCAGAAUACAACGUGUCAUUUCAGCGGAGAGUAUCAUCGGACAUUGGGUCCCAUGCGUCUUCGUCGCCGCCAACCGCAAUCAGCCCUCUUUCGAUCACUCGACCUAUUCCAGUAGUCGUCAAGAAGUCAGGAAUAUUGUCCUCGUCGCGAUCACCCAAGCAAGCCGCUGGUUCUCCACCAAGCAGAAGGCCAUCACGCAAAAGCCCGAUCGCCGCAAGGAACGCAGAUACCAAGGUUCGAAAGCAGACCGAUCCAAACAAGCCUGAGAAGGAAAAGCGCGUUGGUAAGCGAAAGGGUCCAUUGAAGCCAGACCAAAGAAAACAAGCGAGUGAAAUUAGGAAAUUGAGAGCAUGCCUCAGAUGUAAAUUCUUGAAGAAGACGUGCGACAAGGGAGAGCCAUGCGCAGGAUGUAAACCGUCCCAUGCCAGGCUCUGGCAGGUUCCAUGCACUCGCAUUGAUAUCAAAGAAAUUGGCUAUUUCAUGAAGGACUGGAAAGCCGACUACGAACGCCACGUCACUCUUGGUUUCUCGGUUGGUAAUAUCACCGGAUUUUCUGAUAUCGAGCGGACAUUGUUUAUCACGCACGGUUAUGGCCAAGUCCUUCCCGUCAAGGCGCGAGAAGUAUACGUUCGCGAUGAGGAUUGUUUCAACAUUGACUGGGUUGAGUCACUGCAGCGGAAUCCAAACAACUUUGAACUAAAAACCGGGAAACUCUCUGCCGGAAUGGAAGGUAUAUCCUCUGCAAUGCUCUCCGAUUACCUCGACAGGCACAUCGAUGGAAACGGCAGUUUCGAGAGGUUUGUUGACGACUACUUUGGAGGAACACCCUUCUUGACACAAAUGCUCAAGACUGCAUUCCGGUUCUACUUCCGCACCAAAAUGCCAGUGAUUCGCAAGGCUCUCAAACUGAUUCUGGCAUACAACCUGACAAUGCACGUUACCAUGGUCGAAGGCCUUGGCGAAUUGGAAGACUUCGUUGGAAAGGUUGAAGACCAGUCAUCGAUGUACAAUGGCAAGAUUAUGGCACCGGUCAUGAUCAAUUUCCAAAUAAAAUGCGCAAUGGCCAAUAUGUGGCGUGAUUUGCAAAAGGAUGUCUUGGAGGAACUCUCAGCCUUGUAUUCCAGUGUGUACAGCGGAGAGAAGCUCAAGAAUUGGCCGACUAUCUUUAUGCUUGCUUCGAUAUUGCUGGCUGUGUGGGAAGAAAUGCAGUUUGACUGCCAUUAUCGUGUGCCUGAUCCUGCGGCCGUGAAUAAGUUCUGCACUGAUAUGGAAACCACGCCAGUUGGCGUCAUUGUUGGUCUUUUCCAAGCAAUCUCGCAGAAGCUUCCCGCCUUCACGGAAUGGAACUCGCAGGAGCAUCACCACCUCCUCAACUCCAACCCAGACGUCUGCAAUGCCAUGACUGAAGUCCGGGAGCAUGUCCGCCAGUACGAAUCCUACCUUCGCACUCGCUCCAACUCCACGUUCGACCGUAACGACUUUGACUGUUUAUCGAAUAAAUUCCUCUCUAGACUCGUCUUACGCGCGAACCAGCCAACUCGAGAGGUUGUCCAUGCCACGUAA